CUUACGCAGGAAACGGUGCAGGUCCCGGUGACGCUACAGAAACUUGGAGAAAAAGCCAUACAGAGAUAACCACGGAAGCACGGAUGACGCGAUGAGACUGAGCCCGAUUAUCCUGUCGUGGGCCACAGCGAGCUGGCUCGGUCCAACCGGAACUACGGCGAUACGAGCCCAAGCCUCGAAGGACUACGAGUUGUCGACAGAAUUCUUCCUGGUACCUAGCGACGUAGCGAUGGACAAGAACGGCCUGGCCAGCGUGGCGAGUGUCAUCAGCGUGCCAGCACCUAACAGGACGGUUUCGGUGUUCAAAAUGCCUCCUGGAAAGAAGAGCCAGGAGAUCGAGGCCGAUACUCGACCGCACUCGAGGUCCUUGCUCAGACAACGACCCUGGGCUCUUCCUCUGGCGGCCCUCAGCGCAGCCACGAUGCUCCUCAUGGCUGGCUUCGAGGUUUUCGUACUGCUCAAGGCAAGGGUAACCGCGCCAAACAGACGACAUUUAUUUCUGGGACAAGCUCUACUCUUAGGCCUCUUCCUCCUGGCAGGACUCUCAGCAGCAGCCUCCCUCAGUCAAAACCCUCUGUCCUGUGCUGCAUUUCGAUUAGUCGGUUUACCUGCUGCUCUUGUAUUUGCAGCCCUGUUGGUUAAAUGUGUGUUCCUGCUUUCGUUAAACAGCGGAGUUUAUCUACCAGCACCUUAUCAAGGACUGGUAUUGGGAUUCGCCGUGCUCGUGCAGGUAGCUAUCAUUGGACAAUGGUUUUACGGCGAACCACCCACGGUGGUCCAGGUACAAAAUACAGGACAAAACUCUCCAAUGUCCUGUUGCAAAACUCCUCUUGGACAGAUAGUGGCUUCCCUCGGGUAUCCGGGCGCGCUGCUCGUUGCGGUAGCUUGUUUAGCAGUCCGAGCACGCGGCGUCCGAGACAACAACCGGGAAGCAGCAUUUAUUGGCCUGGCUGUUGGUUUAUCGCUUCCGAUUUGGAUAUCGAGCGCGAUCGGUUCAGUGGCUGCCUCGACAGAGAGUGACAGAGAGGCCUGGCUAGCUUAUGGUUUAUUGACUACUUCCCUUCUCGUGUUCCUGACGAUGUUCCUGCCGAAGGGUCGGCAGUUAGCUGCCCUCGGCCGAGAGGCUUCCGCAACGGUGAUUCGUGAUCGAGACGAUGCUCUGAGCUCGCUUCCUGGCAGCGGUUACUCGCCUUCCUUCUUCCACUUUAAACCAGCCGAAGCUUCUCUAAAGAGAAAGAUGCACUAUCACAGUGGUGAUCGUGUGGCAUUAGUUUCAUCCGCUAUACCUGGAUGCACUGCCUGCAGGCAUGGUGGAAGCCCCAUAUACUCCGACGAUGUUCACGGUCCAAUGGAGACGUUCGUCUUACCACCAGGCAUGUAUUUGAGGCCAGAAGACGCGGGAAAUUUGUAUACGACUCUAUCAGCCAAUCCGAACGUAUUCUUCCAGCGAGCAGCUCAUCCUGGGAUGAUGUAUUGAUAAUUCCCCAGAAACGGUUUCGAAUGGAAGUCCGUGAAUUCAAUAAAAGAACUGCUUCUUCUACAUUCUUAGAUUAGAU